AUGCUCCUCGGCGGCUUUGCAUCGAUCGCGCUGGCGCUCGCAUCCGUGUCGCCGGACGUGCUGCCGCCAAAUGCGCUGCCACCGAACGCGCUGCCGAAUGCGGACGCGUCGCUGCCCGCGCCAAAGGCGCUGAAGCCCUGCCGCGGCGAGAGCGACUGCAUCUCCUCCGCCGGGACCGAGAGCCCGAACCACUUCCAGGCGCCGCUGGCCCUUGGCGCCGGCGGCCGCGCGGCCGCGUACCGCGGCGCCGUCGGCGCGCUGCGCGAGGCCGGCUGCGCCGUCCGCGGCGACGCCGCGACCUACGUCGUCGCGAGCUGCCCCGACGGCGACGACGUCGAGCUGCUCCUGAGGGACGACGUCGCCACCUUCCGCGCGGCCGCGCGGCGCAAGGGCCUCACGCCGCCCUGGUGCACGGAGAAGAACUGCAUCAACGGGAGCAUGGCGCAGCGGAAGCGCGUGCUGGCGCUCGGCGCGAAAUUGGGCUGGUCGCCGAUCGACUCGACGAACAUGGAGGACGAGGGGCGAUGGACGCCCAUCUUCUUCAACACCGACGCCGUACCGAGGGACGAGUACACCCUCACCGUCGUCGUCGCCGCCGCCGCCGCCGCCGCCGAUGCCGCCUGGGUCCCGCCGAACGCGACGGCGCGGCCCAUCUGGCACCUCGGCGGCCUCGACAACGCGCCGGGCUACGUCGGCGACGCCAACGGCAUGAUGCUCCGCGGCGGGCUCUACCACGUCGCCUGGCAGUGCUUCCUCAAGGAGGGCGAGCGCAUGCGCUGGUGCCACAGCGCGUCCCGGGACCUC